AAUUCCGUAAACAUCCCCAACGUCACUUCCGCUUGCAUUGAAAAACAUUGCAAACGCUGUAUUUAUUUCGUAUUAAGCGCUAUUCCCAUUUUAUAGUCUUGUGCGUCUCCAUCAAUAUUGAAGUGCAGAGACGUCCUUUCUAAACCUGUAUUAAUAGCCUCAGUUAUGAAGGGCCCGAGUGCAGAGACUGAGGUGAUCGAGGAAGCACCUGCUGACCCUAAUAAUGAAGAACUUCCACCUUACCUGCGUGAAGAACCACCUGAGGACUUGGAGAAAGACCACCCUAAGAAUGAAGCAGGCGUGGUGUGGAGAGUGACCGGCGGGCUGUUCAACUUCACCAAAGGAGCGGUGGGUGCCACCCUUGGGGGGGUGGCCUGGGUAGGCAGCAAGAGCUUCCAGCUGACCAAGACGGCUGUGACGAGUGUUCCUGCAGCUGGAGUGGGAUUGGUCAAAGGCGGUGUCUCCGUGGUAACGGGAGGGGUCGGGGCAGUGGGGUCUGCAGUGGCCGGUAAAGUUACACCAAAGAAAAAAGACAAGUCAGAUUAGACUGGCUGACUCGCUCCCAGCCUUUGUUCGAUUCGGUGUGUCUGUGGAUGUCUGGGUGGUGUGUUCUCACUUUCAUGGGGGUUGGAAAACAGGUGGCUGGUUCAUUUAGCCCAUGGGAAAAUUACUGUUUCGCAUUCACCAAAUACAAUCCUACCUGAGUUAACAUAAAGAACUGCAAUACGCUAUAUAAACACACUUCGACCAACAUGAGAAAGCUACAAGGGACAUGAGAUAAUUGGUAUCUUAUGCCUUUUGUUUGCUAAUUUGUUUGUGUAUUUGUGUAUUUUGACUAUUGGCGGAAAUGUUGGUCGGUAUUAUUAAUGCUGGGAAGACUCGCUUCGGGAUCAAAUGGUAAUAUCAUAACAUAUUCUUUAACAACUUAAGGAAACUGGCUCCAUCAUAAAGGAAACUCUAAUAUGCCAGCAGUUUUACAUAAAAUGAAAACUUGGUGUAAAAAAA